CGACCUAUGAUGCUGGCGUUUGUUCUGCAUCAGGAGAUGAUGUAUACUACGGAAACAUACAUGAGAUUAUGGAAAUCCAGUAUUUGGGCAUGGUUGGAUUGCGGUGUACUGUUUUCUAUUGUGAUUGGCACGACAACACUCCAGAUCGAGGUGUGAGAACAGAUGCAUUUGGUGUUACAUCAGUAAAUUCGAGGCGAAAGCUGCAAUAUUAUGAUCCUUUCAUUCUUGCUUCUCAGGCCGAUCAGGUUUGUUAUAUCAAGUACCCCCGGGUUAGGAACAGAGAUGAUCCAUGGGUAACUGUUACAAAACUCAACCCGAGAGGCCGAGUUCAGGGAAGUUCUGAGCUGGAAGACCCACUACAACCAAGCACAUCCGGCAACUUAAGUGCAGCCGAAGAUUUAGCUGGAGUUGGCCUUGUAGUCGAUUUAACCGACUUCGGAGAAGAAGCCGUCGUUGAGGUAGAGGAUGAACCAGAGAUUGGAGAGUUUCACCAAGAUUCAGACUCAGAUUCAUCUGGUGAUGAUGACUCGGAAACAGAUUAGCAUAGAUUUUUUUUUUUUUUUUUUUUAAUGGGAAUACCGAGGAAAUUCCGACGAACAUAAGGUUUUCCUCGGUAUUUCCUCGGAAUAUACUUUGUAGAUUUAGGGGUUUGAUGAUAGAGUCUUGUUCCUCGGAAAAACCUCGGAAAAUUCCGAGGAAAUACCGAGGAACACAAGG